CGUCACGUGCCCUGCCGCCGCAAACGUCUGUGAAGUCUUGUGAGCUUGCGCAUUAGGCACUAAAAAUAAAUAAAUAAAAAUAAAGCGUCCGACCGGAAAGGUUUCUUUCGUCUGUGGAGGAGUCUUCCCUCAUAGCGACUAGUUUUUAUUUUUAUUUUGAAGUAGUGGUUUCGUAUAUUUCCGGAGGGGCGAAAACCACCCUUUGUUUCUACCGCGGCUUCGACCUCCGCGCAGGUCGUGGGGUUAUUGGGCGAUCGCGGGAGUCCUGGUCACCUCAGUUCAGGUUACACCAUCUAGACUUUUUUUUAAAUUAUUUCUUUAAUUUAUUGAUCUGUACAUUUUCUUAGGCUUUUUCCUAUAGAUGCCAGUUGAUUUGUCACAUAUCGGACUGAGCUAAUUCCUGUAUUUAUCAUUUUUAUUUUGAUUGAUACAUUCUUGUUCCUAAAAUGGCAAAUUCGUACAGAAACAAUGAAUCUGGCUUAAAAUCCUACAGUGUUGGAUAACCAUAUUUUAGUAUGGUAUCCCUGUAAGCAUAUAUGUGUAUUCAUAUAUGUAUUUUUUAAGCUUGUUUUAAAACUCCCUGUUCUCAUUUUUUUGAGGUUUUUUUUUUUUUUUACAUUUUCUAAAUUUGACGAUUUAUAAUUGGGAAAUGAACGGGUUUUCAAUCAAAGAGUUGUGCUGCCUGUUUUGUUGCCCACCAUGCCCAGGGAGAAUAGCUGCAAAAUUGGCAUUCUUGCCACCUCAGCCCACUUAUGCGAUCUUACCAGAACAAGAAGUAACACCUGGAGGUGGUGGUGGUGGGCGAGGAGGGACAGGGACAAUGGCGCGUUGGAAGCUGCACCUGACGGACCGUGCGGAUUUCCAGUAUUCUCAGCGGGAGCUGGACACUAUAGAAGUUUUCAUGGCCAAGAGCACUAGAGGAAAUCGAAUUGCCUGCAUGUACAUCCGGUGUGCACCUGGCGCAAGGUUCACCCUUCUCUUCUCUCAUGGAAAUGCAGUAGAUUUGGGACAAAUGAGCAGUUUCUAUCUUGGCCUUGGCACUCGCAUCAACUGCAACAUAUUCUCAUAUGAUUAUUCUGGUUAUGGGGCUAGCUCUGGGCGGCCUUCAGAAAAAAAUCUCUAUGCUGACAUUGAUGCAGCCUGGCAGGCUUUGCGUACAAGAUACGGGAUCUCCCCAGAAAAUAUUCUGUUAUAUGGACAAAGUAUCGGCACAGUACCUACUGUGGACCUGGCAUCUCGUUAUGAGUGUGCAGCUGUGAUUUUGCAUUCCCCUCUAACCUCUGGAAUGAGAGUGGCCUUUCCUGACACUAAGAAAACCUACUGCUUUGAUGCCUUUCCAAAUAUUGAAAAAGUGUCAAAGAUAACAUCUCCGGUACUGAUAAUCCAUGGGACUGAAGAUGAAGUCAUUGAUUUCUCCCACGGCUUGGCGUUGUAUGAGCGCUGCCCCAAAACCGUGGAACCUCUUUGGGUUGAAGGAGCUGGACACAAUGACAUUGAACUGUACAGCCAGUAUCUGGAACGCCUAAGGCGCUUUAUCUCCCAGGAGUUGGCUUCUCAACACAGUAACUGAUGCUGUGAAAAGACCGUUCUAAUGACCUCAAUGAAUAUUCUUUCAAACAAUAUUGUCUUUAUGAAUGACGCCUGGCAAAACCAUUUAAAUUUUGUUACAUUUUAAAAUGCGCUACAUUUACUUUCUCUGUGCAGUCAAACAGUUCUGCUGAGCAGGCAUGUAUAGUGCUGACUGCAAACUUAUCUGUGCAGUGAUUUAUUUGGUAGGGCUAAUGUUGGUCCCUCUGUGAAAUAUUUUAUUCGUUUUGCCAAUGUCUUCAUAUUGCCUCGUGUUCGUCACUAAAUACGAAGGGGCAAAUGAUAACACUAAUGCCCAUUGAUUGGGUCUUAAGAAUCUUAAACCCCUUGUUGUUAUAUCUUUUUACUACCAAGACAUUUUGAAGCAAAUAUUCAGCAUAACAUGCAAUAAAUUAAGCCCCACCAAUUUAGAACCCUAAAUGUGUCAUGAGAUAAUAGCAUCCUGUAACGCUUUUUACCAGAGAUUCCCUCAUUUUGAAAAUUUUGGUAAUACCUGGGCACUAUGGUUCAUCCAUCUGACAUUUAAUUUGCAUAGUUACAUCUGCAUCAUCAUCAUCAUUGUGCUUACAGGGGAAGCUCGGCAUAUACUUCAUAUCUCAUUGGAAACUGCACGAUCCGUUGAGCAGUUACAUACUGUAUAAUUGCAGUAUUUAUAAACGGAUUGUGGGUAAACAUUUUAUCACUAUGGUUUUUUUAAUUAUUAUUUUAAGGUUAAAGUUGAGAUGAUUUAACUUGUGGAGCGGGUAAUCGUGGUAAAAGGUAAAUAAAAACUGAAGAGCAAUAA